GGCCUCUCGUUAAGAAAGUCUAUAACGCAUUCAACAAAUUCUCAUCUCCUCUGAUCUCACUCUCUGAAAUUCGCUCACUCUAAAAAAUAAUCUUUGAGGUUUAAAAAUGGUGAAGAUCACAGUUGGAAGCAUUGGUGAUUCUUUCAGUGUUGCGUCACUGAAAGCUUACUUGGCUGAAUUCAUUGCCACCCUUCUUUUUGUUUUUGCUGGUGUUGGUUCUGCCCUUGCUUACAGCAAAGUCUCAUCUGAUGCCUCAUUAGAUGCUGCUGGUCUCCUUGCCAUAGCCUUGGCACACGCAUUCGCACUGUUUGUUGGGGUUUCAAUGGCAGCCAAUAUUUCAGGUGGUCACUUAAACCCAGCUGUUACCUUUGGAUUAGCUGUUGGAGGUCACAUCACCGUUAUUACUGGCCUCUUCUACUGGAUUGCCCAAUUACUCGGCUCCGUCGCAGCUUGUUUCCUCCUUAAGUUUGUCACUGAUGCCAAGGCCAUCCCAACUCAUGGUGUUGCAUCUGGUGUGUCUGCCUUCGGCGGUGUCCUAUUUGAGAUCAUCAUCACCUUCGGAUUAGUAUACACUGUCUACGCCACCGCUGCUGAUCCCCAGAAGAAAUCUCUAGGAACAAUUGCCCCAAUUGCAAUUGGUUUCAUCGUUGGUGCCAACAUUCUUGCCGCUGGUCCAUUCAGUGGUGGAUCAAUGAACCCAGCUCGUUCAUUUGGCCCUGCUGUGGCUAGCGGUAACUUUGACGGAAACUGGAUUUACUGGGUCGGCCCACUUAUUGGAGGAGGUCUUGCCGGUUUGAUCUACGGUGAUGUUUUCAUUGGAUCUUACUCUGCUCUCCCAGCAGCUGAAGACUACGCUUAAGAAUAAGGUCUGUUUCUAUUAGGAUGAUGAGUUUCAGGUUGGGGCUUGUUGGUUUGGUUAUCUUCAUUCAAAAGCAAUAAGUGUACAUAUAUCUGUACGUACUUUGUUUCUUCAUUCUGAAUUGAGUCAAUCUCCAUUUGUACUGCUUUUAUGUUUGGAUGUUUGUGUAAGCGAUGCUUUAAUUUCCUUUUAAUUUGUGAUGAAUGAAAAUUUUAGACUUGAUGAAGUGUUUGGUA